AUGGCUGCUCUGGGCAGCCACCUGGUGACUGCUGCCCGGGGCCGUGGACCUCGGCUGCCUCCAGCGGCCACCCAGGGCCAGCUGCCCAAGGCCAUGGCUGUUCUGGCCAGCCCCCCGGGGACCGCUGCCUGGGUUGCCAGAGUAAUUGAAGAAAUUGAGGAGAUGAUGCAGAAUUCCCCAGAUCCUGAAGAGGAAGAGGAGAUCUUGGAGGAAGAUGAUGGAGGAGAAACUUCCUCUCAGGCUGAUUCAGUCCUGUUGCAGGAGAUGCAGAUUUUGACACAAACCUUUAACAACAAUUGGUCCUAUGAAGAGCGUUUGGAACAGAUGUCAGUGUCUGAGUUGGCCGAGCUGCUGGAUCACGUGGAGGGUGCCAUCCGUGACUACUCAGAAGAGCUGGUGCAGCAGCUGGCUCAUCGAGAUGAGCUGGAGUUCGAGAAAGAGGUGAAGAACUCCUUCAUCACAGUGCUGAUUGAGGUCCAGAACAAGCAAAAAGAGCACAGAGAGCUGAUGAAAAGGAGGAGGAAAGAGAAAGGACUGAGUCUGCAGAGCAGCCGAAUAGAAAGGGGCCCCCAAAUGCCUCUCAAGCGAUUCAGUAUGGAAGGAAUCUCUAAUAUCUUGCAGACUGGUAUUCGGCAGACAUUUGGGAACUCAGCAACUGAUAAACAGUAUUUGAACACGGUUAUUCCAUAUGAGAAGAAAGGGUCGCCUCCCUCUGUGGAAGAUCUGCAGAUGCUGACAAAGAUAUUGAGGAGGAUGAAGGAGACUUCCAGUUGGUCUCUUAUAUUUCUGUUCAGAGUUCUCCAACAUAUCUGUUCAGUCACAGGGAAGAUCACACUUGUCAUCAAGGAACCUGGAUCUUGCGAUCCCUCCAGCUCCUGCACAGUGACAACCACCCCCGAUGAGCAGACUUCAGCCCAGUCAUGA